AUGGCUGACUUCCACCCUCCAGUCCGUCCAUUUGCUGCGCGCGCUGGAACAAGCAUCCGCUCCUUCAAGUUAGUCAACCGCGUUAGCACCUCCAGCCCACCCUCGAUCGGGGGCAAUUCGACACGCAGAAAAGCAUUCGGCCUUCCCAGUCUGCUUGGACGGCGGAACCAGCAGCCAGACCCCGUGCUGGACGUUGCCAUACUAAGCAAAAAACUGCUUUCUCGGACGUCUGAAGACCAAGAUCCGGCUUACCGCCCACCGCCAGGGUCGACAUCCAAGCGAAAAGAUCCUCCUCCCCCUCGUGCCCGUCCUCUAAUGGCCCCGCCGCCCCAACCUCAGCCCCGCACCACCCUAUUGAGGAAACUCACGACCAAAUUUACCCGUAGUCGGCCGCGUUCGACUUCACCGCCGCCAGCAAGGAAGCGCUCUUUUGCUGUCGACACUGCAGCACGCAAUGCGGCUUUACGCGAGCGAGGGCUGCUACCUGCCCUGCCUCUCAGUGUCCAGGAAGCCCAACAGGACAAACAGAUUGCCGUAGUCGCUUCACCGGAGCCUGAACCACGAUCAACGCUGGCUCGACAGCCAACAGAGGCAGCACGCAUUAAAGAUCAAUGGGAGGCCAAGAACCGGACCUCGAAAGACGACCGGGAGGCAGAUGUCAAAGCGCGCUUGACGGAGUUCCGAUUUGGGGGGAAUUCGCCCGCUGCCUCACCGUUGAAGGAGUCUUUUCCCAUGAGCCUGGAAGCGGUUGUCGAGGUCGAAACUCCGCAACCGUCCCCCGACGAGAAAUCUAUCGACGAGGCGAGUAUGACGCCGACAAAAGUCCCAAGGGCACCCCCUCCAACACUGAAUCUUUCCCGUGGCCGCAAUCUGUCUCCACCGCUGCUCCAAGCAUGGUCAGACUUUCCACCUGACCCGACUCAGCUCCCCCUUCCACCGUCGCCUUCCCCUGUCGUCGAAUCCCCCUUUUCAUCCCUCAUAUCUGCAUUUGCGCCAACCCCACUUGUGGAUGCGGGGUUUACCCCUGUGUCUCCGGAGUUCCUGCCUCUACCGCCAUCACCACUACUUCGUGAUGUCCCAACACGAGAAACAAGUCUGCCUCGUAUGGACGGCGGAUAUGCUUCAGAGAGCGGCGAGUCAAGUCUGGGUGUUCCCUCCCUUAUGCCAGACACUGCUUCAGAGUCGGCAAGCAGCAACGCGGACAAUGGUGCUUUUGGUCGGAUGCGCAGCGUUAACGUCCGCAAUAGCACGAUCGAAAUCGAGCCUGAGCAUCGCGCCUUCCAGGUUAUCGUCGAAACACCUGCUGAAGAGCACGAAGACCCGUUUUCCGUCAUCCGGACGGAGAGUCCCGAGCCUGAUGCGCAAAUUGUGGCACUCAGCACAGCCACGCCAACGCUGGCACUCGUGCCUCCACCCAAACGACGCGGGACAGCGCCUGACGAGGUUGCUGGUGGAGAGCGGAGGAAAAGUCUGUUGCUCAGUUUCCGGCGCUCGGUCGGCCUUGGGCGGGCCAACUCUACCGCCACCAGACGCAAGUCCGCGGCUGGUGCCCCCAGUUCUUUCGAUCCUUCCCUCCUCCCGCCAUCGCCCACACUUCCCGUCGAGUUUGCGCAACAGCAGUCGCGGCGGUCAAGCAUCAAUCCCACAAUACACAACGGGGCUAGCAUCGUGUUCCAAACGAGCAAAAUCGAGGACGACGAGACGCGGCGGAUGACGGAGGUGGCGUUUAUGUGA